GAUUGAAAGAUAAAACUAAAACUAAAAUGAAAUCCACAUUGAUUGUUCUUUUGGCAUUUGUUGCAAUUGCAUCAUGCAAAUCUCCUGAAGAAUACAUGAAGCACAUGAAGGCGAGCUUUGAAAAAUGCAAAUCGGAAAUUGGAAAUCUUCCUGAUUUGAGUAUGUUUAAGCCAGGCAAACUUGGUCCCAUACCUCAAGAAGUAAAAUGCAUGUUGAAUUGUGUGAUGGAAGAGAUGGGAUUUGUAAAGAAAGAUACAGUUGAUGUUGAUAAAUUUGUUGAAAUGACAGCCGGUAAAAUGGAUGUUGAUGCAGAGACGAUGGAAAAAAUGAAGGAAAUGGUUAAGGAAUGUGCUGCAAUUGCUGAUCCUGAUCGGUGUGCUCGUGGCAGUGACAUUUUCCAUUGUUUAAAGUCUGCUGCUGAAAAAUCAGGACUUAAGUGUGAUGGACAGUAACUAUAUUGACUUUUGAGGCUUUGACUGUAUUUUUGGACAUUGAUUAUUGGCAUGAAAUUAGGAAAUAAAAUUGUAGAUGAAAGUUUUAGGUUGCAAGCAUAUAGAUUGUAUGUUGUCAUUACUAUUUUAUGAGUUAUGGUGAGUCUGUGGCUUAAAGG